ACAUCACGCUAGAGAUUCGGCAGGAGGGUUCUGUAAAGUCUGGAGUUAUCAUCGCCUGUUUUAUUCUUGCUGGGUAAAAGUCUGGGCUAUUUUUCACAAGGAGUCUGCAUGUCUAACAUUUAGACAUGCUCAGCUUUGUGGAUACACGGAUUUUGUUGCUGCUUGCAGUAACGACGUUCGUAGCAAGAGGCCAAUAUGAAGACGAAUACAAUGGAAAUUAUGGUUACCAAGAUGAAUUGACGGGACCACAAGGACCCUCUGGCAACCGAGGCACAUCCGGAGACAGGGGUCCACGAGGACCAGACGGCAAUGAUGGAAUCCCAGGCAACCCAGGCUCUUCUGGACCUCCAGGACCACCCGGCUUUAGCUAUGCUGCUCAGUACAAACGAGACGACCAGACACCAGGAAUCCCCGGACCAAUGGGAGUGAGAGGCCCACAAGGAUCCUCUGGUGUCCCUGGUUCUCCUGGACCUUCAGGACUGUCAGGCAUUACUGGUGAAUCUGGUUCAACUGGCUCAGCUGGCGCUCGUGGUCCUCAAGGUGUACCUGGAAAGCCCGGUGAAGAUGGUUCAAAUGGCAAAUCUGGCAAAUCUGGCGAACGUGGUAUUGUUGGACCCCAGGGUGCUCGUGGUUUCCCAGGAACUCCUGGUCUUCCUGGCAGGAAAGGACACCGUGGUUACACUGGCCUGGAUGGAGUUAAGGGAGAAUCAGGCUCUGCUGGAAUGAAGGGUGAAAAUGGAAACUCUGGAUCAAAUGGUAGCCCUGGAAUGGUGGGUGUCCGUGGUUCUACGGGUGAGAGAGGCCGCAUCGGAUCUCCUGGUGCAGUUGGUGCCCGAGGCAGUGAUGGAAUGGCAGGAUCAUCUGGUCAUCCUGGACUCGCUGGUGCAACUGGUCCUCCAGGCUUUCCAGGCAGUCCUGGUAUCAAGGGUGAGCUUGGACCAGUGGGUAUUCGCGGUCCAACUGGAGCUCAAGGAGCCAGAGGUGAGGCUGGUACUGUUGGCUCCGUUGGCCCCACGGGUCUUACUGGAAAUGCAGGUUCCAAUGGCCUUACUGGAUCAAAGGGUGCAAUGGGUGCCCCAGGUAUCGCAGGUGCUCCUGGCUUCCAGGGAGCCCGUGGUAUAGCCGGCCCCUCAGGUGCAGUAGGACCUGCAGGUCUUCGUGGACUCUCUGGUGACCCUGGCGUUCAAGGUAUCAAGGGAGAGACCGGUUCCAAAGGCGAGCCUGGUGAUGCUGGAUCUGCAGGUUCCCCUGGACAAUCUGGUGAAUCAGGCAAGCAAGGUUCUCGUGGUGAAGUUGGUCUUCAAGGACUUCUGGGAAUUCCAGGCGAAAGGGGUUCCUCUGGUAACCGUGGCAUGCCCGGACGUUCUGGAGUAGCUGGUGGCAUGGGUGCUCAAGGCAGACGGGGUGAAAUGGGUGCUGGUGGUGCCAUGGGGCCUGGUGGUGACAUGGGACGUCCUGGUGAAAGUGGUAUGCCUGGUCUACGGGGUCUUAAUGGACAAACUGGUAGAAGUGGUGUUGUGGGAAAUCAAGGUCUUCCAGGUCUAAAUGGCGAGGAAGGUCGUGGUGGACCCCCUGGUCCUUCUGGUCCAAGAGGUCAGGCCGGAAUGAUGGGCUUCCCCGGUCCCAAAGGCGCUGCUGGCACAUCUGGUAAACCUGGUGAUAGAGGAGGUGUUGGUCCUGCUGGCCUAAGGGGUGCAGCUGGCAAAGAUGGUGAGAGUGGAGCUCAAGGUUCUGUUGGUAUCGUGGGUCCCGUUGGAUCAAAGGGUGAACAGGGACCAUCAGGCAGUUCUGGAUUCCAGGGUCUUCCCGGUCCUUCUGGUGCAGCUGGAGAACCUGGUAGAACAGGUGAUAAGGGUACACGUGGUGACUUUGGUAGUCUAGGCGCUUCUGGAGCCAGAGGUGAGCGAGGUCUCCCAGGUACACGAGGCAAUUCUGGUCCUCAAGGUAUUACUGGUACCCGUGGUCCCACAGGUGCCCCUGGUGCUGAUGGUGGAAAGGGUGAAGCUGGUGGUACUGGACUCGUUGGUCAUACAGGACCUCAAGGUUCUCAGGGUAUGUCAGGUGAAAGAGGUGGUGCUGGAGUCCCUGGCACAAAGGGUGAAAAGGGUGACAUCGGUCCAUUUGGUCGUCAAGGAAACCAAGGCAUAGAUGGUCCACGGGGUGCUGUCGGUUCUUCUGGUGCUCCUGGUCCUAGCGGCCCACCUGGUGACAGGGGUGAAUCUGGUGCCUCUGGCCCAUCUGGAGCAGCUGGUGCACGCGGGGCUCAAGGAGAACGUGGAGAGGGUGGUCGUGGUGGUCCCAAUGGAUUUGCUGGCCCUCCUGGUGCAGAUGGACACUCUGGACUUAAAGGAGAGAAGGGUGUUCCUGGUGCUAAAGGAGAAGUCGGCUCUGCCGGUCCUGUGGGACAUCCUGGUCAAGCUGGUGCUGCGGGUGCUUCUGGUGAACCUGGUCUACAAGGAGCAUUGGGUUCAUCUGGUUCAGCAGGUAUGACCGGCUUUCCAGGUCCCGCUGGCCUCGUUGGUGCUCCUGGUCCAGCUGGUCCCCAAGGUCCACAAGGAGCUGCUGGUCCAUUUGGUAAUUCAGGCCCACAAGGUGCAAGAGGUGACUCAGGUUCACAAGGCCGCUCAGGUGGAACAGGUCCUUCAGGUGCAGCUGGUUACCAAGGAGAAAAGGGUACAUCUGGUGAAACAGGAAAUGCUGGAAAUGCUGGCUCUCCUGGUCCUCAUGGUUUACUUGGUCAUGUGGGCACACUCGGUCUCCCAGGGACGAGAGGCGAAUCAGGUCUCCCAGGUGUCACUGGUCCAAAUGGUAUGCCUGGUGCAACGGGUCCUGCAGGUUCUUCCGGUCCACGGGGUUCAGGUGGUGCCGCUGGUGCUGCUGGUAUGCUUGGUCGACAUGGUGAAUCUGGCCGCGAUGGAAACCCUGGUGCUGAUGGUUCUCCUGGCCGCGCUGGAUUCCUUGGGGCCAAGGGCGAGCGUGGAGAAGGUGGCAGGGUCGGCGCUCCUGGUUCACUUGGACAACCUGGUGCUCACGGCCACGCAGGUCCAGUGGGCAAGACUGGCAACCGUGGUGAGGCUGGUGUUGGUGGUGCAGGUGGCCAUGUCGGUCCAAUGGGCCCAAGAGGUCUUGCGGGUCCACAAGGUCCACGUGGAGAAAAGGGUGAACAUGGUGACCCAGGUUCCAGAGGCUUGAAAGGAUUGAGGGGACCCGGGGGUCUGCAAGGUCUUCCUGGUGUUUCUGGUAUUUCUGGUGAACCUGGUGGUCAUGGUGCUGCCGGACCAAGUGGCCCAAGAGGUCCCUCCGGUCCUGCUGGUCCUCCUGGAAAAGAUGGUUCCUACGGACACGUUGGUACCAUUGGUCCUGUUGGCCACCGAGGUCGCGCUGGUGACAUGGGUCCCCAAGGUCCUCCAGGUGCUCCUGGCAACCCUGGCUUCCCAGGCCCUGCUGGCGGUCACUAUGAAGUGAACUACCAUCAUGAAGAUUACAGAGCUGAUCAACCAGCUGCAAGAGGGAAGGAUCUUGAAGUCGAUGCCAAACUGAAAGUUUUGACCAGAGAGAUUGAGAACAUCCGCAGCCCCGAAGGCUCAAAGAAGAACCCUACUCGUUCAUGCCGCGACCUGAGACUCAGCCAUCCCGAAUGGAUGUCAGGUUACUACUGGAUCGAUCCCAACCAAGGAUGCAUCAUGGAUGCCAUUAGAGUUUACUGCGACUUUGUAUCUGGAGAGACCUGUGUACAUGCCAACCCUGACACAAUUGAACGUAGGAACUGGUGGAAUAACAAGCAACAAGAACAAAAACACAUUUGGUUUGGUGAAACUAUUAAAGAUGGUGUACAGUUUGCUUACAAUGAUGAGCACAUCACUCCAGUUGUCAUGGGAACCCAGCUGACCUUCCUGCACCUUCUCUCCAAUGAAGCCUCCCAGAAUAUCACCUACCAUUGUAAGAACAGCGUAGCAUACAUGGAUGAGGAGACCGGAAGCCUGAAAAAGUCAGUUAUUCUUCUUGGUUCCAAUGAUGUUGAACUCCGAGCUGAAGGUAACAGCAGAUUCACAUACAGCGUUCUGGAAGACGGAUGCACGAGACAUACCGGUGAAUGGAGUAAGACAGUCAUUGAAUACAGAACACAGAAAACAUCUCGCUUGCCAUUUAUGGACAUUGCACCUAUGGAUAUUGGUGGCCCAGAACAAGAAUUUGGUUUGGACAUUGGCCCAGUCUGUUUCAAAUAAAUGAACUUGAGCUAAAUUAGAAUACUCUCUGCAUUUUUUCUUUUAUUUUUUACAUUGCUGACUCAUUCCAUGUCUUCUGCUCAUCCACUUGCUUAAGUUCUGGGCUUAACGAGAAGUAGGAAAUCCAAAAAAAAGGAAAAUUGUUUUCUCCGUGCAAUUUUAAUGCAGUUCCCAACAACUUGGACAUUUGAAGAGAUUAUUGCAGGUGAAACCUUGCCCUAAAGGUUGAAAUCAAAACAAUGGAAAGUAAAUAAAAGAAAGUGAAAAAGUGUGUCACUUGUAGUCUUUGAAUAUUUUCAAAGAGGAAGUUUAAAACCACAGCUUCCCAAGGUUUAAACUACCUCAUAUACUUAUUUUAAAGUAUUAAACACAUAAUUUCUUUCUCAAAAUUAACUGUGGUACUUGGAGUUCAUGUCAUUUUGUAAAGGUGCUAAGUGGUAUUGAAUUGUGCAGAUACCGUGCUUGAAGUACUAACUGUGGUGCUAACUGAAUGUCCCAUGCCAUCAAUGAAUCUGUCACUUUGUGAGAUCACAUUUCCAGUGCUGUAUUAAGCUGUACAGUGGAUUUUAUUUCUCAGUAAAUUCCUUUGAAUAUUACCAUGGAAUCCUCUUGUCUAUUCCCAAAUUAAACAUGUGGAUACCUUCCUUACCAUUUCCAUCUCAUUACUUCAGGUGUUCAUGCUUUUAGCCAUGCACUUUCACUCCAACUGAAUGGAAAAAGGCAGCAACAAUUCUAAAAUCAAAACAAUGACAACUAAAAAUGUUCCUAUUUUGUAUCUGUGACAAGUGAGAUGUUUUAAUAAUUGUGAAAUAAAGCAUGAAAAUGUUCUGAAGUAA